AUGGCCUCCGUCAAGAUCUUCUCUCUGGCUGUCAAGACACUCGCCAAGCCAAUAGCCAACACCAUCAAAGCUCAGGCCACCCAACAUGAGACCUUCCGAACAAUAUGUAUGGGCCUCGCACAGAGAAUGCACAGGACAGAAGCUCGGAUGCGUAUGGGUCUCCUGAAUGCGGAAGCAGGGAAUGUCAAGCCGCUAAACGAUACUCGAGCUAUCCAAAAUGGAGCCACCACACUAGCCGAAACAUUCCUCUUUCUAGUCGGUGCAGGUCUGAUAGUCGGCGAAUCAAUACGGUCCUCGAAGAAAGAAUCGAAACGGCGCGAUAAGGUUUCGGAUAGACUGGAUGAACUGGAAGGGGAAGUGAAGCGGCUGAAUGGGCUAUUGGAUGAGGAAAGAGAGAAGGGGAAGGGGAGUGUGGAGGAAAUACGAGAUAGGAGCGACGGUAUGGAAAGGGUGGUAACCACUAUCGUCCAGAACGGACUCAAAGCUGGAUGGUUAUCAUUAGGACACAAGGACGGCGAAGAAGGAGAUAUCAUGAAGCUGUUAGAGGCGAACAAGACCAGAUCUCAGGUGGACGCAUAG